GAUACUUUCCUCGCUUAUAGUUCUUUAAAUAAACGCUCUAUUUUAUUCAUAGCAUAUCGAAAGAUAUAUAUCGUUUUAAAGAAUAACAAAAUUAAUAAAACAAUAACACAUUUCUGUGUGAACUAUAUUCGAUUUAACAGUGUAAUCGUAAUACUGAAUCUUAUGUGUCAGUGAAUUGUAUUUUAAUAAUACUCUGUUUAAUAUGAAAUACACAUUCAUAUAUAAUCUUACAAAAGAUUAUUAGAGAAUUAGAAAUUUGUAUAGUGCAUUUUAUAGGAAUAUUAUUUGUCGAUAGAAAUAAUCGUUUAAAAAUUCAUUUAUAUAUGUUGAAUCACAACGUACGUACAACUAUUAGAUUAGUUGUAAACACUUUUCGAAUUCAUGAAGGAAAUAGUAAUAAUCUGAUUUAUGGGAAAUGUUAUAGACCAUUCAAACCGAUGGUUUUGCAAUUUUUAGAAGAAACAUUAAAGAAUAAUUUGCAUUCUAAAGAAACUUUAUCAAAUAUAUCCAAAAAUGGGAUAAAUAAUAGUGUAUCUAGGACUACUACAGACGACAAAAGACAUAAUACAUCUUUAGUAGAUUUACAAAAAAUUCAGAAAAAAGAGAUGUUAAAUGCAUUAAUAAAUUUUAUGUAUCAACAGCCCAUAUAUGUAUUGGUCCAUGAAAUAAAUGAUAUUGAUAUAAAAUUUUGUAACCUUUUAGAGGUUAUGUCAUACUGCGAUAUUUUUAAAUUAUUAUUAUUUUUAACUAAGACUAUACCUUAUAAAAUUAUGGAAUUGAAUUUCUAUAUUAAAGCUAUGGAAUUAUUACGUGAAGGAAUAUCGUAUAAUAUUUUUGAUAAAGAUGAAAUCAUAUUCUGUCUCUACUUCUUUGGUUUAAGAAAAGAGAAUGCAGUAAAAGAUGUACAAAUGACUUGGAAAUAUCUGGAAUUUGAAGAGUUAUCGUUAUUUGAAAAAUGCAUUGUAUCAGAAACAUUAUUUAAAUGCGGAAUUAAAUUAACACAACCACAAAUAGAAAAUGUUGAGAAGUUAAUAGAAAGCGAAGCUAAAUUUUUGAUUAAUAAUUUAAAUCUACUUGUACCUUUAUGCAAAGUGGUACGACAUGCUGGUACUACACAAAAUUUUUUUCCAAGUAAUUUAAGCAAAGAAAUAAUUAACUGUAAUAAUAAAUAUCACAUGAUACCAGCAGUGCAUAUUUUAAAAUUAUAUUCACAUAUGUACUUUGCGGAACCUAAAGUAUUACAACGGCUAGUCACUGAUAUAAUAGAUAAUAUAUCAUCGAUAAACAAAACAUUUAAAGAUAAAUCAGAUCUCUAUAAGAAACAAAUCUAUAAAUCUAAAUACAUAGAUGGAUUUUUAUGGAGCAUUUGUAUAUUAAAUUACAAAUUAACAGAUGUACAAUUCCUGGAAGUUAAAAAUUAUGUUGAUAACAUACAAUCUGUUAUGUUUGAUGAACCAAAGGAAUUAUUACGUAUAUUGUUGUCAUUAUGGAUUCUUGGAUAUCAAGCAGAAUUUAUGAUACAGGAAUGUAUUAAAAGAGAUAUUUUCCUGCAAGCAUAUAAUAACAAAUUUUGGAAAAUAAGAACUAGUUUAUAUUUAUUACUUCAUACUAUUCAAAUUGAAUCUCCAAAUAUUAAAUUGCCUACUGAUUUGUUUACUGACGUAUAUGUAGCUUUGAAGAUACAAAAAUCUUUAAAAACUAUCUGUACAAUUGUAAGUGGAUUUUCCAAACAAAUGAAACUUCAAAAUGUUAUUAUCAAUUCUCCUGCAAAAGGAAUUUAUAUUGCAGGUGUUAGUUUUGAUCAUUCAACUUUAGGAUCUUUUCAUAUCGAUUUGUUAAAUGACACCACGUGUUUACGAUAUUCGAAAAUUCCACAUGGUCUUAUGAAUUUAAAACUUAGAUUGAUCAAACAGCUUGGUUAUCAGUCUAUACUAAUCGAUGAAGAUGAUCUUAAGGAUACAAUUACUACUUUUAAAUAUAUUGAAAAAUGCUUGGAUGAAAUACUAUAUUCUAAGUAAUAAAUAUUUUAUACUUAUAAGAAAAAAAA